GAUCUACUGUUGCUGCAUAAACGUUGCUCCACAGCCAGCUAGCUAGAGCACUAAAAACAACAAAACAAAAACAAGAAGAUACUACACACAACUACGGCCAUAGCGAAUAUGAACAGCUGUCUCAGCUGUUUUUAUUGAAUGAAAGGUAUCUAAACGAUGAAAAUAGUAUGUGUACAGGGAAUAAUGAGGGGAUGAGAUAGUUGUCAGUCACCCUUAUGUUAUGAAUUGGGUUUUUUUAUUCAAUGUUAGUGCAAGUUUAAGGGUUCAAAUUAGAGAUAGAGUUUUUGUAACUGAACAUAAUGUGCACUGUCAGUCAGUCGGGUUUCGGAUGAGCUCUAGUGCACAACGUUGCGCAGCAAAGUAAAAACAAGUAUCAGCAAGUGAUCGUUUCAAAAUAAACAUUGUUCAAACGAAUAUCUAAGCGAAAAUGUCGGGUAAAUUAAUAAUGAAACGUAAAUUGGAUAAAACACAUCAAUCGUCUCUUAAUAAUAAAGUGGAAUUGGAAGAAUCAGUCUCAUCAUCAACAUCCUCUUCUUCUACAUCCCCCUCCUCAUCUUCUAAUGGAACAUCAGAAGUGGAAUCCAAAAAUCCAACUAAUAGAAAUGAAGAAGAAUCUUUUGUUAGACAACCACAAAGUAAACGUCUACGCUGUGAUACACCACCGCCAGAACCAGAGGAUUUAAAUUUACCACCCUUACCUCUAGUUACCGAACAAAAUCGCCAUUUACUCCAGGCCAUACAAUUGAAAAUGUUGGAAUUACAAAAUGAAUUGGAAGCAUUCGAACAUGAUGUUGAAGCUCAUGAAGAAGACUACUAUUAUCUUAACGAUCAUCAGGAUCUCGAUAAUCGUCAGAAUAAUCAAAUGUCGGAACAAGAAGCUGAAGCUUUAGGUUUCGCUAUGUGUGCUCAAGAGACAAUGUUGUUUCUGCAAAGAGAAGGGGUACCCUCGGAUAGUUUACUCUAUACACGUCUACGUGAUGCUUUAGUGGGACGUUCACAGCCCGAUCGUGUAGUUCAUCUAUGAGGAAAUAAGGAAAUGUGCAAAUGUUUACGUUGCCCAGUGUUUUUUCCAAAACGUCUAGUCAUUGUUUUAGAAAUGUUUCUGUGAAACAUAAAAAAAAGUAAUUUUAGUUUAUAAAAGAAAAAUCUAGUCAUGUUUUUUUUUCAUUAAGUUAAACUUAAGAAUGAAAUCACAUAUAGUAUGUAAUAAACAAUUUAAGAUAAUUUAUAAUAAUUUUAUAAAUAUUUAGAUGUAACAAUUUUAAAGGAGGACUUUAAAACAGGAAAAUAAGGAAACAAAAUAUAUUUUUUAUAUUUAUAUAUAUUUACAUAAUAAAAAUACUGCAUAUUUUUCAUCAAAAUCUAAACUAAAAUCUUUAAAUAUUGCGCAAGAAUGGG